AUGGCUGGAAAAGCUUGGCUAAGCAAUUUUCUGAAACGAAAUCCCAAAUUGUCGUUCCGUAAACCUGAAGCUACUUCUGCCGCCCAAGCCAGAGGCUUCAAUAAGCCAGCAGUAUCUGCGUUUUACGAUUUGCUGGAAGAAGCGCUGAAAGAUCCCAAAUUGAUGCCAGAUCGUGUUUUGAACGGCGAUGAGAGUGUUCCUCCGAAGAAGUCUAAGGUAGCGGCAUUGAAAGGCAAAAAACAGGUUGGUGGUAUUACAUCUGUGGAACGCGGAGAAACAGCUACGGCAGUAAUGUGCAUGUCCGCAACCGGACAGCACCUUCCGCCGUUCUUCAUUUUUCUUCGCAUGCGGAUGCACGAAGCUUUGAAGAAAGGGGCAUCACGUGGAAGCAAAUUUGCCUGUAAUGCAUCGGGUUACAUGACGGUCGAAAUAUUCAAUGAGUGGUUCGAUCACUUUUUGGAGCAUGUAAAACCUUCUGAAGACAGUCCUGCCUUGCUCAUAAUUGAUGGCCACUCGUCGCACACGAAGAACCUAGCUUUUACCGAGAAAGCUAGAGCUAACUUUGUUAAGGAAGUAGAGCGUUUCCUACAACAGAAUCCAGGUAAAGUCGUCAGCCAAUAUGACGUUGCCGAGCUCAUGAAACCUGCAUUCAUCAAGGCGGCUACUACGGAAAUUUCUGAGAAUGGGUUCGAAAAAACAAGAAUUUGGCCAUUUGAUCGCAAUAUUUUUUCCGAUGAUGUCUUUGCCCCGGCCACGGUGACUGAUCAACCCGAUCCUGAGAUUAUUCGUGAAGAAGAGACGUUUCGAUUGCAUCUUGACCAUAAAUCGCAUUUCCUGUGA